GAAGGAUGAAAUGUGGUCGGAGAUCUACUGCCUUUGUACCUCUGUUUCUGAUACCUUCCUGGUGAACGAGAUUAUUCAAACCAUUUGGAUUCAGGCUCACUCUACCAAGCUAUAAGCCCCCACUGCAAAGAUGAAUCCAAGCACGGGAUUCUUCGAGUUCAUAUUUUCUGAGACUCCGAGGGAUUUUAAAGCCGCAUACGAAUCAUUGGAUUCAGAACCUUACCAGAUCUUUGACCUUCUCUUGAAGGAGGAGCGUUUCAAAAAUUUCUUCUCAAGAAUAGAAGUUUAUGGAAAUAACCUUGGCUACCUGCUAAGUCAAUUUCCCAGUCUCCAGCAAUAUGGUUACAGUACCUCUUUAUUACAGGAAAUUAUUAAAGCCUUUACUCUCUCGUUGCUCACUGAAAAGUUCGAUGGCAGGAAAUCUAGGAGCGCUGUUGCAAGAAUUGUCAUCUCUGUCGUAAACCUAUCGGACCCGAGGACUUUAGGGCAGUUUGGGGUGAGAUUAGGGGGUCUCCCCGAGAUAUUGCGGAUUUUGAUUGCAGAGGAGCACAUAAAAAAGCUAGCCCAGACAGACCAACGACGCUUUGAAGAUCUUAUUUCUGAACCCCGGGCCCAGGAGCGGUGGGUUGAAUUUAUUACAGAUCUCUGCAAGGGAUGCCGGGUUCACAGGUCGGGGCCUAGGAGAACCGGUGGCGUGGAGCUGGCAAAGUUUAUUCGUACCGUUCCUUGUGAAUUCUGUACCACCAAUUUUUCCUUCAAUUGCGGACCCAGCCAGAAUUCCGAGGGGGAGCCUACAGGAGCCCAUGACUACUCUCUCAGACCAGUCAUUGAGUCAAAUGUAUUCGAAUACCUUUUGGGCGAGCCAUUGGGACCAUGGAAGAUAGUUCUUUCCCAACAGGCAAUGGAGGAUUUGGGAGAAGAGAACGCUCAGGGUAUUUCUUGCGUAAGGCCAAAGGGUCCUAAAAAUUGCUGAUGUUCGUUAGGAAACUUCGAAAAUGUUCGUCGCAAGUUCUACGAGCUCGCCUCUGGAGAGUGGGCUGGAAAAAAGAUACUCCAUAGGGCUAAGUGGGAAAACUCACUAAACUACCGAAUCCCUCUAUUCAAUGCUUUCUACAAAACUGGGUCGUUUAUACUGUGGCAAAUCGAUACUGCUUUUGAUGAAAGGUUUAGCGAAGAUUACCAAGUGAUAAAAGGUUUGGACACCAGUGGAAUUGGCCUCACAGUCAGCGAACUAAUGACAAGCAACUACCAUUUAGUAUGGGCUAUCGGGAAACACAAAAAUGUGGGUAUUUAGUCCUAUAAUGACGCUGGUGCGGUGAUAUUAAGAUGAGGCAGCUCGGAAGGACCGGUGUGCAGAUUCAUCGGGCGCAACAAGUUUACACGAAAGCUCAAGUGGGUGCUUGCAAGAGAGGCGAACUGGACAGAUCGCGGGGGAUCAGGUAUCCAGUGAGGGUAUGCUUAGACGGCAAGGAACGUGGUGUUAUCGAGGGUCCACCUCGACUAGGUAAGGAAGGAAAAACAUCCCCCAUUCGAAUUGCUCUUGCAUGAGGGUGCUAAAUCUGCGGUUGGUAGAGAAGUUUUAUAGUCUCACUACAGCCAUUCUAGACAAUAUUUCUUCUACGGCUAGGAAGGUGGCAUGUCCGGUGGUACUAUCAGCGGAGGAGGCCACGGUGGUGGAUCACUUUAUAACGCCAGCAUUCGUUCGCGGAAGCAGCGGGACAGGGAAAACUACCUGCUUAGUUUAUAAGCUAGUUGGGAGGUUGUUAUGGUUUCUGGUUAAUACUAAGUAAAAGUUGAGCUAUGGCUUGAGGUAUAGGUUAGUACUUGAUGUAAGCACAAAGACCGAUGGGUAGCCCUAGCACCAUGUUUUGUUUGUUUGGUAAAAAAGUACUAAGGUACUUGUUUUUAUAUACUUUCCUUUCUUCUUUUCCUUUGCUCUUUAGUUUGUAUCUUUGUAUUCUUACAACCUAAAGAUAUCUUCUUUCCAGUCCUCCUCCUUACUCUCUGAUAUCACGGUCCUUUAUUACUCUGCCUCCCAUCCAGCUAUUGGAUCCUUGUCCUCGCCUGCCCUCCUAGCUCCCACCCGUGUAUCUUGUCCCGGUCCUGUUCUACAUUUGCUUCCGAUAGCACGCUCGUUCCUCGCCCCAACUCUCAACACCCCUUGGCUACUCCCAGCUCCGUCCUCCCCGUUACAGAGGUACCUGAAUAGUAUAGAGAAAGGAGAACCAUUGAGACAAGUAUGUGAUUGCAAGGAGUCUGAUAUUGGCCCACUCUCUGAGAGUGUAACCUUGGCUAGGCUAACAACCAUAGGUCCUACUCACCAAGUCAAAGAGAUUGGUGUCGAAGUUGGGAGUUAGUAUUGAUGGAUUGAUUGAGGCGAAAUUGGGUGACAGGAAAAGGGUAACUGAGAGCAAUUAUUCCAGAAAUGGCGGUCUUGACGACAAUACAAGAAAACAAUUCUCAUCACUCACCAAUGCGGAUUUCCCGUUGAUAUGCACUUUUGAUUGCCUGUUAACACUUAUCGAGAAUAGUAUUAGGUUUGCUGCUCCUCUGCUUAAAUUGAUACUUUAUAGUAAACCUACUAAGCCACUCUUAGAGAACAAGAAAACCAGCGAAGAUACAUAAAGAUUGACAACUCUAAAUGCAGCCGCAUAAUCGACUUCGUGAAAUUUAGGAUCGAGUACUGGGAUCGCCUGUCUCCUAGAUUAAAGAGGGGUAUUCGGGUGGAUUUAGCAUUUCUUGAAAUUAUGGGAGUCAUCAAGGGAUCGGUUUCAGCAGCAGACCUCAGGCCUUUAUCCCGCGAAGAGUAUUUAGGAAAGCGUUGGAGACUGGCCCCGAACUUUGCCUCACAUCGGGAGAGAGACGCUGUCUAUAGCAUAUACGAAUGGUAUGAGCGGACUAAGAAAAAACGCGGCGACAUUGAUCAGACGGAUAGAAUUGUCGGAGUUACGAAAACCUUAGCGGUAUUCAGGUCUUCGGAGGUACUUUCAGAUAAUGUGUUCGAACAAAAAAUUCGAAGCAUACUAGACGAAAUCUACGUGGAUGGUUAGCAUUUCUACAUCCAGCAGUCUGACUUUGGGAGGGGUAUUAAAAAACAAGCAGGGGUCCAGGAUCACCGAACGUUAGACAUAAGAAUGCUUUUGACCUUAGUGGGAUCUCCUCUGGGUAUCCACCUGGGUAUGGUUCUCUCCAUUUUCUGUCCUUUCAUCUUGGCGGCAGGCUCUCACCAAUGAACAGCGGGCGACACAGCUCAGUGUAUAUCCAAAGACGCUCUUUUCCGUUUUGCAAAUGCGAAAUCCUUGUUUCAUGAGCGCUUCUGGGACAGCACUAGCAGUGCUAGGGGUCUAGUGCCAAUACCGCUAGUCCUAUCGCACAACUUUAGGUCUAAUAAACAGAUAUUGAGUGUUGCCUCCUUCAUUAUGCGCCUCUUGUAUAGAGGUGCGCUACUCCCCAGCACACUCUAGUAUCUAUUUCAUACUAAUGAAGCAAUUCAGGCUUUCCAGACUUGGUAGACGAACCACCUUCUGAAAUUGGGGAUAGAACCGGCCCUAAACCUACUCUCUAUAGUAACUACCCCUCCGGAGUGACCCUAUGCAGCUAACCUUGGAAGUUGGGAAUAAUAUAAUAGAUAUUCUAAGGUUCGAGGAGAAAAUGGAAAACCCUAUGCAAUCGGAUGGCCCAACAUUCAGGACAGGUAAUAAUGGAGAAGUGCGUGUUAUUCUGGUGCGGGAUGAAGAAACACGAGACAAACUUAGAACCGAGAUGGGGAGGUCUUGGUUGGUAUUGACUGUCCUCCAGAGUAAGGGCAUGGAGUUCGAGGAUGUUUUUCUCUAUAAUUUCCUUAGCACAAGCCCGUACAGACAUAAAUUGAAUGUUCUGGAAGAGCUUUUCAAACGGAGAGCUGCGCCCGGAAGUGGACAUGAUACAUCUGCUUACCCGCGGAGCCACAAGGACUGGCAAAAAGAAAAUAUCGUGAGUAACUAACGACUUAUACCGUAAAAGAGUUACUAAUAGCGCCACAGAUCCUCUUCUCAGAAUUGAAGGUGAUUUGACAGCUGUGGCAUCCUUGUUUCAGUCUAAAUUUAUUUGUUAAUUCUUCUCGCGCGCAAAGCAUCUAUACGUCGGAGUGACAAGAGCUCGCAAUAGGCUAUGGAUACUGGAAACCAGCACACGUAUCCUAGACCCGGUACAACGUCUAUUCAAUCAAACAGCCACCUUGCUACAGCCGGACCUAUACCCUGACGCCAUGCUAGAUGUUUUAACAGAAGAUAAUAUAGGAGUAUGCACCGGACUUCCGCCGAGAUAUCUUCUCUAACAUUACUAGGUUUCGGAGUUGCAUAGGCGGUUGUCUACCGAGGGGACUAUCAGUGCACUCCGGUGGAGGGAAAUGGGGUAUCAAAUGAUUGACAGCCAACAAUACUCUGAGGUUCGUUGGUACCUGCUGCGUCUUCAAAGAGCAAGACUGAUUAUUUAUCUUCUAGGCUCUCCAUUGCUUUGAGAAUGCUGAAGAUCCUCAUGGCAUUACAUUGUCCAACGCGUAUAUUACUGAAGAAAUUGGGCUCACUAACAGAGCGUUUGGGUCAUUUGACGCAGCUAAUCUUCAUUUCCUAAAAGCAUCAGAAUUUUUCCUACAGGCCGGUAGUGUCGCAAAGGCAGUUCAAUCUCGAAAGGAAGGAAGCGAUCCAAAGGGUGCAGUUAGUGAGUAAAUCUUAGGGGAAUAUUUGGAUAUUAAGGCCUAAAUGAUGCAGGAAUUCUUGCGGAUAAUGGAGUAUAUGAGGAUGCGGCCUGGCUUGCCGCGGAUGUUGGCUUGUUUUCAGAAACAGGCGAAUUAUAUACCAAACUUAACCAGCAUCAGAAAGCGCUCGCGGGAUAUGCUCGUGGGAAACAAUUCAGAUGGAUGCUUAAUUAUCUCAGAAGGUUCAUCCCAGAUCACCUCCUCUGUUUGACUCUCGGAGCUCCGAGGCAGUGGGGCUGGCUAACUACUGAGAGCAGGUUUAAAUCAGAAAUCGAGCCUUGCUGUUGGAAACAGUAUCUUCUGUUCGGUUACUUAGAAGAAUUUGGAGUAAGCGACACGAUUCCAGGCCAGCUAGAAAGACGAACACUCCAUAUUUUUGGAUCUCCGGAGGAACAAGAAAUGGUUUUGUCAAGAUUUAACCUGAUGAACAAACUUUUCGGAUUGCUCUCUAAUGACAGGAAAUACAUGGAAGCCUAUGAGGUUGGGGUCAAUUAUGGGCUUCUGGAGAAAUCUAUUCAGUUGCUUAGCGACAAAAACUUGCUACAAGAUCUAAACCAAGAACAGGUUGCACACCUGAACGUGGCGUGCAAGUUUUUACAAGCAGAGCAUAUGGCAACCAAUCCUUUGCGCAGAACCGGGGGGGAUGGAGGAAUCCAUAAAGUACUACGAACGGCCGCUGGGAGAGGGAGCCCACAAAUAGAUUCGUUUGUCAGUAUGUGGGAAGAUAUCAGCCAAGCUCUCGAUAGCUCUGCUUGGAGAAGGAUCAGUGUAAAAAUAGGGGAGUUUGGUGAUCCGCAGAUCACUGGUUACGUGAAUAUUCUGGUUUGUUCCAUGAGAUUUUUAUUCGGGGUUUCCCACUAACUCGCCUAUAGGCAACGAGGGGUGCAUAUCCAAGCAGCAGAUUCCGCCCUCCGCUUGAUCAUAUCGAGCGCGUUCUUAGAGAUUUGAAGGUAAUCUCUUCAGGUGGGACAAUCCCACCUUCAGCUCAACUAUAUUGCGGGAUUUACGAGAUGCCUCGUCAGCCAGGCGGAUACAUCGUCCUGGAGUGGUCUCCACUCCAUGCUAACUCUAAACCACGGCUCCCAUGCAAGCCAGUGGGUAUUGAAUCGCUGAGAGACAAUAUAUUAAGCCAUAUUUCAGGAGAUAUUAUUCCUCCUCUCGUCUCACUUGAGGAAUGGUUGCAAAAAAUUUGGAGUAAGAAGAUGGGUUCUCAAUUUGUGGUCCAAACAGAAACCAAUGCCGAAAGAGUAGACGUAGGUUCUCUACAUCGAGGUUCUGCCAGUACACUCACUUACAGCAUACUAGUUGUUGGCGCGCCUUUGCCAAAUAUUCUUAGAAACUUCUGCAAUCGUCAAGCAUGAUAGACAGCUUAAAGACUCUCUGCAGCGGAAUUGUGAGAUCCCUCGCUCUAUCUUACCGAGGAAUCCUCCUUUCUAAUGUAGCACAGGGGAUUGGAGAUUUUGGAGAGUAGCUCUUCUGGAGCAAAUGGAGUUUAGAUCCCCGUGCAAACAAAGCCUCAAAAUUCUACUUGAAACCAGGGCUGAGCUCGUCACCCGAGAGGGGAAAUACCACGUACUAUACCCAGUUUUAGUUAGGGAUGACACAACAGAUUAUCAGAUAGAAUCAGCUGCUCAAAUGGGCGUGGGAGCUUGUGUGUCUUCACUUUUGGCUCAAUACCAAACAUCGUUAUUUCUGGGUAAGUGGAAUCAUACACUGAGGUUUUUACAGGCGAGUAGAGAUGUAUUCUAACAAGAAACAGGCUACCAAGAGCAGUGGAGGUCUGCCCUCGUGACGCGCACUCAAAUGAUCAAUAGGGGGGAUGGGAGCCUUAAAUAUGGCUCAGAAAUAGUAACUUUAGUCCAUCGGUUCUUGUCAGAAACUGAAGCCGGUGAUUUUCCCGGAAGAUUUGUAUGUUUGGCUUGACCACCCACUCUACAGUUAAUUGGUUAACCUUAGCAAAGUGUGAAAACAUUUGCAAGAUUCUAAGCGCUCUUGAAAGAGUGAAAGAAACACUAAACUGCUACUCCGCCUCCAUCAUUUCUCUUUAUGAGGAAUUGACCUUAUCUUUGGUAUGCGGACAAUUUAUAUUCGGGGUUGGACGCUAACAGGUUUAGAUUUCCGUGGUACGGCGUUAUGAGCUUCUCAUCCCGGAAUCCUGGCAUCGGUUAUACUUCCAUAGAUGGGAAAGAAAAUAUAGGUCGUCGGCUCUGGAACGCUUCCGGUACCAGCAGUUUCUGGUGAAGGUUUGUCUGAGUUUCUGCAAUAUGGUUAUGGGCUUAGAGGGAAGGGGUGCCGAAGGGAUUGAUUUGGCUCAACGAAGCGUCUCCUUAAUCGUUGUAUCCCUCAUCAACUUAGGAACUUGUUUCCCCCAGCCACAGGAAUAUGCAGAAUUAUGGCGGAAGUCACAAGAGGUUUGCCUUCCUAUUUGACAGGAACUUGAGAGUCGCAGCGUGCUUAUCCUCUACUCAGCUUUUCCGUUGUGACAGGUUGGAUUUCCACGACGCAUGGAACCUAGGACAAUAUGAACUCCUAGGAUGUUUGACAAGAGUCUUUGAAGGAUACGGAGGGAACGAUUCAAUCCACCUUGUGUCGUGCCACCCAGGAUCGGUCAGCUCGUUUUCUGGGAUCCCAUUGAAUGGAAGUGGGGUCUUGGUGGUAAAAGGUUGCCUUACAGAAGGGAGAAAUUGGUACCCAUGGGAAAUGAGUAGGGACCAACUCACGAGGCAGCUCAACGCUGCACAUAUUCUGACGGCUUUUUGGAAGCGAAGCAGGCCGAGGGUUCUGAAAAUGAGGGAACUCAGGAGGCAACGGCUCCACGCUAUUUACGCUAACAGCUUUCCGGAAAUCGAAUGGGCUGAGAGUUCUAGAGAAGACGAGGAAACACAGGAGGAAGGGGGCCAACGCUACGGAUAUUUUGACGACUCUUCCGAAACAGAACAGGCCGAUAUCUCUGAAGAUGAAGAAACACAGGAGCCCGCGGCUCAACGCUAUCCAUAUUUUGACGACAUUUUAGAAACGGAACGGUCCGAGAGUUCCGAAGAUGAAGCAACACAGGAGCCCGCGGCUCAACGCUAUCCAUAUUUUGACGACAUUUUGGAAACGGAACAGGCCGAUAUCUCUGAAGAUGAAGCAACACAGGAGCCCGCGGCUCAACGCUAUCCAUAUUUUGACGACAUUUUGGAAACGGAACAGGCCGAUAUCUCUGAAGAUGAAGAAACACAGGAGCCCGCGGCUCAACGCUAUUCAUAUUUUGACGACAUUUUGGAAACGGAACGGUCCGAGAGUUCUGAAGAGGAUGGAACACAAGAGGCAACCGCUCGACGUCACGCAUAUUUCCGUCGCUUUUCGGAAACGGAAUCGGUCAGGAGUUCCGGGGAAGGUGAAGGAACACAGGCGGCAGCGACUCAGCGCAGCGCAGAUUUUGGCGUCUCUGUAGGAACGAUAUGGGCCAGGUUCUGGAGGGAGUUGCGAAGUUAGGUGACUAAAGGUGGCAGAGGUUCAAUGCUGCACAUUAAGAUGGCUUUUUGGAAUGGAACAGGAAGGUAUUUCGGGGCAAUUUAAAUGAGUAUUAGGGCUACCUCGCCCCAAGGCAGAAAUAUCACCAAGAAGAAAAAAAUAAUUAAUAUAAAAAAGCAAAUAAAAUUUGGACCUAUUGAUAGCGGAUCUUUGUUUUUCCAUUUACUUCGCCCCAACUUUUUCGGAGCUGUUAAAGCUGUUAAGUUAGUAAUAAAGGAAAAGAGCUUUACGCUUC